AUGAAUUUACACCGUAACCACCAUUAUCAUUGCCAGAAAACAUCGAUUGCCACUGCCAAACAUCGUGUCUUAACCUUAUCCCUUCAAACCUUCGCCUCGAAUUAUUGUUGGAUCCGUGGAGGCACUUCAAUUGGAGCUUUCAGUAACGCUCGAGAUUAUGGACUCAAUGACCUUGACGACGAUGUGAGUGAUGAUGAAGGCGGCGAUGAACAAUGCAGAUUUGUAAUGAAGAUACGUGAGAGAGUGAAGAUGGAAGUUGCAGAAAAUGAUGAAGGUGAUGACGAAGAAGGUGCAAUGGUUGUAGCUUGA